AAUAAAAAACCCUAAAUAAAAGUUCGUCCAUUAAAGCAGCAGCUGCCCCUCCUUUUGGUUUUCUCCGAUUCUCAUUCCGCCGCCGCGACUGACUGAAUCAAUCAAUCAAUCAAUCAAUCAUGAGGGGACUCAAACGCGCCGCUGUUUCCGAACCCAACCAAUCCCCAUUUAAGAAUGCAAAACCAGUGGAAGGAUCCUUGUUUGGUACCCAGAGUUCGUUAUCGCCGGCCGCAUCAUUGGAUAAACAGAGGGCUGAGUUAGCUAGGAAGCAUGUGAAAGCUCUUAAUAACCAAUUUGUAAGUUGGGUGCAAAUACAGCUGAAGAAUCAUCCUGAUGAACUUUGGGAAGAUGGGAUGAAUGACUACAUUACCCAUGCUUCCAACAUUCUGGAAAAGUUCAAAGAUGUUGUCAACUGGCUAAAAGAAAAUAAAGGAAAGGGUGAGAAUGCAUCCCCAGAAUCUCGUGGACCAGAGAAGAAACCAAUGGCUGAAGUCAAGAAUAGCGACGUUAAACCAGUUUCAAAUACCAGCUUGUUUACUUCAAACAAUCAGCCUGGGCUCUUCUUAACCAAUCAAUCUUCCAGUUUUUCCACUAGUCAUCAGUCUGGUUCGUUUUCAAGCCAGCCUGGAGUAUUCUCCAGCAGUCCAUUUGGUUUAGCAUCCAAUAGCCAAACUGGAUCUUUUAGCAGUGGCCAGUUUGGUUUAGCCAAGAGCAGCCCACCUAGCCUAUUUUCUAGCACUCAAGCAGGAGGGAUCUCUAAUAGCCAACCUUCUUUCUCAUUUUCUAAUAACCAAAACCCUUUUUCAUCUGGAGUUACUCCAGUGUCCAUACCUGCAAAGCGAGAUUCUCCAGAUGAUGCAGAGGCUGAAGAUGAACCACCUCAACCGAGCAGCCCAUCUGUCAAAAAAACCGAAGAGAAGGGAGUUACUGUGGUUCAUGAAGUUAAAUGCAAACUCUAUGUCAAGUCAAAUGACCCAACAGAUAAAGGUGCAUGGAAAGAUAAAGGAACGGGGAAUCUCUACAUAAAAUGCAAAGAAGGCGUCGACAAGGGGACAAAAGAAUCUAAGCCCACAAUUAUUGUCAGAAACGAUGUUGGGAAACUGCUUCUGAAUGCUCUACUAUACACUGGAAUCAAGACUAGCACACAGAAGAACGCACUUGUUGCAAUAUUCCAUUCAUCGCAGGAGGAUUCCAACGAGAAAGUAACACCUAGAACCUUUCUGAUAAGGACAAAGACAGCAGAGGCUAGGGAUAAGUUAGCAACAGCCAUCCAAGAAUACGCACCUUCUUCAUAAACAUGCCCAAACACAGGACCUUGUUAUCGCUUAUCGAGCCAUCCACGCUAUUUUUUGUCUCCCUUGUUCUGUAAUAUUAGGAAGGCUCUUGAGAGUAACAUAAGGUUUAAUUAAAGUCAUACUCAUUGUUGUAUGAUUGAGAGAGAAGAGUGCCAAACUUAUUCUGUAGCGUAAUAGAGAUUGUUGUGCCAGUCUUUGUAACUUAAAAACUCAAAACACAAUAAAUCAUUCCUUUUUAUA